GAUACAUACUAGUGAUUUCACUAAAGUUUACUCUAUCUAGGGGACUCAAAAAUAGUAGAAAUAGAGUAGUAGCUUCUAGCAAUGCUACGCGCUACUUUUCGUCUUCGUGUCCACUUAUUCUCCGCGGUUGUGCCUCACGCGAAGCUCUUUAAUGGGGGUGGGCCAUUGACCGAAGAAGAACUUGGGGUUGCGAAUGCCGCAAUUGCGGAGCGGGAUGAGAUCUUGCACAUGUCAGGUUUGAAGAGUGCGGUAAAUUCUCUUCUUACUGUGGACUCGCCUCACAAGCGUCGCGCUCUGAUUAAAGCGAUGGGAGACAGCAUGGAUGUGCUUCGCUCGGAGCUUUACAAAAAAAGCUGUGUAGACGUAAAUCGACGCGUUCAAAUCCAUGAGGCCAUCAUGGCCGCUGGGUUUUAUCAACGAGCCAUUGAUAUGAAUGUCCUCAAAGGUGAGGCGGUGCGGUUUGUGUUGAAUCAUUAUAACUUUGACGUGCGCCGUGAUGUAGCCAUCACCAAGGCGGUGCAUGACGUGCUUUUGUCGAAAGAAGGGGCGAGCUUGGACUCCGACCAGUUGAUCCGAGAUCUACUACUGCUGGAGCGUCGGCUUUAUGGAAAAUACCGCUUCGCUUCGACCGGUGGACGACGCUGGCUUACACUUAGUGUGGAGCUCUCGGAUAUCAAAACAAAGGAAGAGAUGAAUCGACUCAUGAAUCUGCCAUCCAUUAAAGAGGAGGGUAACUUCACUCUAUCCGUGAAUGGUGGCGAAAAGUUAUGGGAGACACUUGUGCUUACCCCCAACGAGGAAACCGAAACGAGCUUUCUUGAGAUGGCUAAUCUUCACAGUACCGUUAAGAAAUCUGAUUUUACAUACACCCUGCGUGUGCAGAAGCCACUCAAGCCGAUCACUUUCGCGGAGCGAUUCAAAGAGGCGCUGCUCCACUAUUGGGUGAUAUGGUUCUCGUUGUGGAUUAUGUUUUUCAUGGUAGACGAGGAAAUCAUUACACUAGUAGCGUUGAUUUUCCUAAAGCAUCGGCAAACGCAAAUUAUGCAUGAAGAAGCUAAAAAGACGAAAGGAAAGGUGUAUGUAGCAACUUCUACGGGUCGCUUUGGAUAGUAUUUUUUUCUUUUUGAGUGAUCACUUCCCUUUAUUAUGUUUGUGACAUUGAUUUCCAUGUUUCUACCUUGACUUCCAAAUGAACAUUUGGCAUCGUUCAAAACAUAAAAAACUGAAUUUUAUUACAUCCUUAAUUCUAACUUUGACGCUUUGACUGUUUCAGGAAAGGCAAAAUGAAAUGUUACAUAAUGAUUUUUCUGUUUCUACUCGAAACCUGAGCUACAUACUCGUAUGUUAUUUUUUAUUUCUAUUUUGAUUCUUCUUUAUACAUCAUUUGAUUUCCCCCGUCGUGAUUCAGUAGCUUUUCCUUCUUCAUUAUCAAACUUCAAUACAACGAAGAAAUUAUACGAAAUAAACAUUCAUAACGAGGCUAUAAAGCCGAUCUUGUUUUAUCAUAAUAGCAACACUCAUCCGCUCAAGUCUAUUGGUGGUCACAGUUUGAUUUCUUCCUUUGCUAUUCGCUAGUGAAACUAUAAGGUGGUAUGCAUCUGAUUACAGAGAUCAUCGAAAUGUUCUUGAUUCCAUUAUGGUUUUUUGUUGAUAUGGCCGAUCUGUGGCUUUACGAAGCGAAAGACUGUUUACAAUUUUCUGCAUGCAUUUACAGCCAAAAGUUUUGAUGGCUGCCAUGCACACGGAUUAAGUUUGGGCUAUGAUAAGAGACCCUCUCCAAAAAAAAACUAAUACGAUUUCCAUUCCGUACUGUAAGCUUAUGUAUGGGGCGGAACUCUCAUUACAGAGCGUUUAGCUCAUCAUGUGUUCAGGCGUCUUACAAAGAAAAAACAGAGAAAGUGGAGUAUACUUAUUGUAGUAGUACGAUGGAGUUUCUGCUCGCGGAAGAAACACGCAUAACGCUAGAAUUGACGUGGGGGCGCUCUGAGCAGUGGCUUCCUGAGCGCCCGUCCCUUUCCUCCCUGGAGUGCGGUCGCUUUGGGUGAAUCACUAUGCACAUAAAAAGGAAAGGGAGUCGAGUUGUAACCCCGCAGAUGAGUCUUUAUGGAGCCAAGGGGUCGAAAUAUCAAAGUAAGAGUAGCAACUAUUAUACUUUGUACAAUGUAGGAAUAAUACCAUAUGCAUAGUAAUUAAAACAUUUUUUUCUUUUGCUGCCAUUGUUAUUCGUAUAGCAUGAGUGUUACACAUUAUGCGUGGCUAUAUAGUGUUUAUACGAGUAUCCUAAGAUUACUCACGCAAAGUGAAACUAAAAUCGCUUAAUUUCAUUAUCUUUCAGAUCAAAUUCUUAACAUAGGAACUUAUUUUAAUCUUCGUCAUUUUAUCCUGAUGCUAUUGUUAUUAUUUGCCUCUACA